UUGAAGCUAAAGCUAAUGGUCGCUAAACGGCUGCUAUGUUCGCAGUCAGCAGUCAGCAGUGCAGACAGGACUGGUGUUGAUGGUUACCCUCUGCUGAGAAUGCGCCCUAAACACGUCAGGGAUGACCUGACGACGAAACAUCUGGCUUCCGUGACCUGUUCCUCCAUCACCCCAGCUCUGUCGGAUAGGACGACUCUCCCACAUCUUCCCAUCUGCUAAGGUGUGUCGCCCCCCGCCCCACUCCAAGUCUCCUCCAUCCUCGUCCUUCAACGACCUCAAUCAACCCAGGAUUGAACUGUACCAGUUGAACAGAGACCCUGUGCCAACGCGCUUCAUAAAAAGAGACAAUGUAUUGCUUACAGUGGCUACUCCCCGUGCUGCUCAUCCCUAAGCCGCUGAACCCAGCGCUGUGGUUUAACCACUCCAUGUUCAUGGGCUUCUACCUGCUCAGCUUCUUGCUGGAGAGGAAGCCCUGCACCAUCUGUGCCUUGGUCUUCCUGGCUGCCCUCUUCCUCAUCUGCUACAGCUGCUGGGGCAACUGCUUCCUCUACCACUGCCAGGACGCAGCACUGCCGGAUGCUGCCCACGACCCAGCGAUUGUUGGGACCUAGGAGCGAGAAAGAGGGAGGAGAUAUCAGAAAGGGGGAGUGGGGGGGUGCGAAGGGUGACGAGGCAUUGCCGGAGAAUGAUACUGCCACGCUGUAAGAGGGGAUAGGCUCAACUUUGGGGGUGGGAGAGCGGUGUUGAAGGACUGCUGGAGGGGAAUACCGCAAGUAAAAAGCGUGCUCAGCCAAAGGUGGUGUUGAGGAGGAGAAGAGCCAGUUUCGGAGGAUUAUGGGAGGGGGGGGCUGUUUUGCCAUGCUGUAAAGAAAGACAGACUUGAAUUUGAGGUGGUAGGAGAGGAGGGGGUACCAAUGUCAGAGGAGACACUGUGUAUACUUUCAUGUAGAAGGGGGGGGGGGGGCAUGAAACGCUAAGGAAAGGACGUGAACUUGAGGAAAGAAGAAUUUCACUUUUUACAGCUUUUCAUUCCAGCGUUCGAAUGAAAAUUAAACGCUAAAUCCACCACGUGUGACGUCAACCUAAAAUGACCACAGUGAUUCAGUAUUCUGGUUCCCUUCGAGCCCUCUGGCUUGUUUACUUCCAAUGUUGCUCAAGAAAGAUGUCUCUUUCUCCAAAAACCUGUCAGGUCGUCUUUUUAGAAUGAAAAUAAUCUCCACCUCAGACUGCCAAAAUUCAUGCAAACUUGCUGAAAGCUCCAGACGGUGUUGGAUGAUUCACUGGCCGCCAUGCUUGCUUCUACCGUUGCAGUCGUUGACAAACAUUAAAGCCGGGUAGUGUUAAAGAAUUGGUGGUAUCUUGACAUGUUCGCCCCCAAGCUCUAGAGGAAAGGGCAACAUGCCUUUCACAGUCCAACCUGACCACACUCUGUCGCCACUUUGGCUCUGCACACGUAACGCUAUCCUCAACAAGGAGAGCACACAGACACUGGACAAUCAAUAACUAUGCUGUGAAUAAUUCCUCUUUGCCGCAUCGCCACACGAACACACCUCAGAGGUGUAAUAAUGCUGAGAAACUGACCCAUUGUUAUUACCCACUGUGCUCUGCAGCUGCCCCUCUCAUCGUCUCCUCUUCCUCCUCUUGACCCUGAGUGAAUGUGCCCUACAGCCAGACUCAUGAUCUGAACUUCUUUUUGUUUUUUUGCUGUUUUUUGUUUGUUUGAUGUUUUUCCCGUGCAUGGGUUGCCGUUAUUUUCUUCUCCAAACAUUAAGUUCACAAACAUGUUUUAAUUAAAUAAAACAAAAUGCUGAAAGUUUCCAAAGGGUAGAAUAAUCUGGAUGUGUGAGGAGUGUGUGUCAGGCGUACGAAAGAUAAUUUGUGUUACGUGCGAUAGGUGUGUAUUUUGUUUUUGUGACCUUGACAUGCUGAUAAGCGUAAAAAUCGUGGCGAUACAUAAGGUGACCUAACAGUAGGUGGUCAGUAUUUUCAGUAUCAAUAAGCAAUACAGAGUGCUGGUUGAGGAAACCGUAUCAGAUCUUUACUGGCGUGGAGUUUAUUGGUAAUCAAAAGGGCAAUGCUGUCAUAAAGUUUCCUUGUGUAUCACUGCUGUAAGUGUUAUGUUUAGCUGUCAGACACAGGCUAAGGUGUUCAUACUGUGUACCUAUUUGUGUGUGUGUGUGGGCGUGUGUGGCCUCCUGUCGCAGUGCUGACCAUGCUCACUGCUACAUUAUUGCUUUGGUUUUUAAUUUAAAUAAAGUUUUUCCUCUCAACGUGUUAAA